UCUAAGAGUCGACUCUUGAGCAAACGACUGCGGAGGCCGUGGUGUUGGUAGUUUACGGCUGGUCUUCUGUGGCUGUUUUCAUCCGCGUUCAGUCAUGGGGAAGUCUUUUGCGAAUUUUAUGUGCAAGAAGGAUUUUCACCCAGCGUCGAAAUCCAACAUCAAAAAGGUAUGGAUGGCAGAGCAGAAAAUAACCUUCGAGAAGAAGAAGCAGGAGGAGCUGAUGCAGGCUUAUGUGAAAGAGCAGGAGACCUACAACAACAGACUGCUCAUGGGUGAUGACAGAGUGAAAAAUGGCCUGAAUUUUAUGUAUGAAGCUCCUGUUGGUGCAUCCAAAGAGGAAACCAAAGAGGAAGGAGAGUCUGAGUAUAAGUUUGAGUGGCAGAAGGGUGCACCUCGUGAAAAGUAUGCAAAAGAUGACAUGAACAUCAGAGAUCAGCCUUUUGGGAUCCAGGUGCGGAAUGUAAGGUGUAUAAAGUGUCAUAAGUGGGGUCAUGUGAACACAGACAGGGAGUGUCCUCUCUUUGGCUUAUCCGGAAUCAACGCCAGCUCUGUGGCAAAUGAUGAAGCAGGCCCGUCGAUGCACCCCUCCGAGUUAAUGGCAGAGAUGCGGAACAGUGGGUUUGCACUGAAGAAAUGUGUCCUUGGGAGAAACGCCACCGUUUGUGAUUCAGCACAGGGUUUUGUGGCCAGUGAGGAAGAAGACGAUCCCGAAGUAGAGUUCCUUAAAUCUUUAACCACGAAGCAAAAACAGAAGCUUCUCAGAAAACUUGACCGGCUAGAAAAGAAAAAGGACAAGAAGAAGAAGAAGAAGAGUAAAAAAGAGAAAAAGAAGAAAAGCCGCAAACAGAAGAAAAAGACUGCUGAGAGUUCUUCCAGCAGCACCUCAGACAGCAGCAGCAGCUCUGAGACUGAAUCUGAAAGAUCCAAAGCUAAAAAAGAAAAGAAGGGAAAAAAGAAGAGAAGGAGGGACUCAUCCAGUGAGAGCAGUUCUGAUACCGACAGUGAAAGAAGGCAGGGAGGAAGAAACAAGGAGUUUUGCAAUAGAGUCGUUCAGAGCCCUGAUUCCAAGCUUAACAGAGACAAACACGAGCGUACACAGUCAGACGAGCAGGACAGACCACGGGAAAAAAGUCAGAGGUCACCACAUAGAAAAGAAAGCCUGCAGAAUGAGAGCAAAGUGACUGAAUGGAGGGAUAAGGACAGAGAAGGACGAGGAGAUGGAAGAGAAAGGUGAAUAUAGGAGCAGCAGAACCAGAGACAGUGAGAGAAAUAGGAGUCCGAGUAGAGAGAGAGGAAGUAUGAGGAGAGAGAAGAGUCGGGAUAAUGAAAGGGGAAGGGAGGCGGAAAGGAGUGGCAAACAAAGAAGUAUGAGUAAUGAUCAAGGUAAGAGGGAAAAGGGCAGAAGUCAAAGCC